UGCCAUGCAGCAGGCGGGAGAAGGGUGAAGGGCAUCGCAGGAAAAGACUUGGCCAGGGACAGCAUGGAAGCAACUGCAGCUCCUGCCCCCUGCUGGAGUGGGGGAGGUGGCCGGGCCCGGCGACUGCGGCGCUGCUCGCGGCGGGGCCGGGGGAGCCCCCGGACCCCACCCAACGUCGAGGGGGGCGCCCAGGGGGCCCCGCCCACCGUGGCGUCCUCUCUUCCUCCUCAGACUCGGAGAGUGAAGGCCCUGCCCCACCAGCUCCUGUGGCACCUGGCAAACCCCGGCGCCGGCCCUUACGCCGGAGGACGAGGCCAUCAGGCUCCUCUUGCAGUCACGAGGAGGAGGAGGAGGAAGAGGACUUGAUUGAUGGCUUCGCCAUUGCUAGUUUCAUCAGUCUGGAGGCACUGGAGAAGGACACAACAUUGAGGACCCCCGAGCGGCUGGAGCAUCGGCUGAAGCACUCGGGGAAGCGGAAGCGGGACGAGGGGAGCGGCUCAGAGGAGGAGGAGGGCCGAGACGAGAGCUCAGAGAAGGGGUGUGGGCGGCAUGUGGGGGAGCGGGCGCUGAGGAGACGCAGCAAGAGGAGGAGGAAAGAGGCCUCCCUCCGCUCCUACUUGGAAACAGGAUACAUAUGCGACACAGAGAGCGACCCAGGGGAGCAGGCCUCCAAUGAUGACCUGGAUCAAUCGUUCACUGUCUCAACCAGCAAAGCCUCAGGCCCAGUUGGUGUAGUGAACGGGAGCUGUGCAGCCAAACUCUCUGUGAUCCACAAGGUCUCGGGGCUGGAGCGGAGCCAGGAGCGGAGCCAUGAGGCCGACGGGGACCCCUUGCUAGUGCCUUUCCUGCCCAAGGACCCGCUUUCUCAGGCAGCCCCAGCCCCUCCUGUGGCUCCAGCCCGGCCCCCUACUCCUCCAGCUCCUCCGCCCUCCCGGACACCCACCACACCCCAGCCCCGGGGCCAGCCGCCGGCACCACAGGGGGGCCCAGCACCCCACAGCCUGCCUCAGCCUGCUGUGCAUGGGAAGGGAGCACCCUUCGCCAGCCCCACGCCUCCGGGGACUUAUGGAGCAGGGCUGGACCUCAGCAUGGCCGGGUGCAGCCGGAGCAGCGCACAUGGCAAGCCCCUGCUACCCCCGUGCUCUUCCUCCUCACAGCUGGCCCCUCGCCCCUCUACCCCCUCGCUGGCCCUGCCCCCCCAUGCUUUCCCUUCCAGCCUGCGGCCCCCUACCCACCAUCCCCCGCCCCUCUUCCCCCCAUCUCCUGGCCUGCCCCCGCCCCCUCCUCUGCUCCAGGUUGCCGGGCACCCGGCCGCAGCUGCUGCCUUAUCCGAACAAGAGCUGAUCCGGCAGGGCCUGAGCUCGCGGUUCCUGACGGCGCAGGGCGGGGCCGACAUGGGGGCCGCCGCCAUCCGCCCGCUGGCCUUCCAGUUCCACCAGCACAACCCCCAGCACCAGCACACCCACCAGCACACGCACCAGCACUUCACCCCCUUCCCGCCAGGCAUGGUGCCUGCCCCCGCCCCCGCCAUGUUUGAGAAAUACCCAGGCAAGAUUGAUGGGCUUCUGAGGCAUAACUUCUACGCCACAUUUCCUCCCACCGUGUCGGGCAUCCCACCUGUCCUGCCCCCUGCUGUUUCCUUUGGCUCGCUGCAGGGGGCUUUUCAGCCUAAGAGCACUAACCCAGAGCUGCCGUCGCGGCUGGGAGCUGUCGCCCCCACUUUAUCCCAGAAAGGGGGUCAGCUCACGGACCCUUUCAGACCUUCCCUGAGGAAGCCUGGCAAAUGGUGCUCCAUGCACGUCCGCGUGGCCCACAUGAUCCUGCGGCACCAGGAGAAGAUGAAGCUGAUGCAGGGAGAUCCCCACAAGCUGGAUUUCCGGAACGACCUGAUCACCUGCCUUCCUGGCACAGGGACCUUUGGGAGCCUCGCUCACGGCCAGGAGCUCACGCGCCCCGCCACGCUCUUCACCCCCGCAGGUGCUGUCCAUUCAGGCUCUGGUGCCUCCUUUGGGCCCCCGAGCACGCCACACAGCUCUUUCCUGGGCCCCAGCGCACACAUUGAUCCCUUCAGCCGCCCCGCCAGCUUCGCUGCCCUGGGGGCGCUCUCCAACGGGGCCUUUGGAGGCCUGGGGAACCCUGCCUUCAACUCCAGCUCCAUGUUUGGGCAGAAGGAGAGCCCUGGGGCCCAGGCCUAUGGCAGCCCCCAUGACCCCUGGAACCGGCUGCACCGCACGCCCCCCUCCUUCCCCACUGCCCCCGCCUGGCCCAAAGGGGGUGGGGGUGAUGCAGCUGAGCGCGGGCCGGCCCAGCAUGACAAGGAGCCUGACAAACGGGAGGUGCCUGCUAUAAAGGAUGAGAAGGACAGGGACACCCUCUUCUCCAGGGCCCCCCCUCGUGCCUCGCCGGUGCCCCUCCCCUCUAAGCACCCUGCCUCCCUGGGGCUGGAGGACGUCCCCCUGCGAGCACACAGCGAGCCAAGCCGGGAGCAGCGUUAUGGCAGCCCGGUGGGGGGCCGUGCCUCACGCUCACCCUACCCUGACCCUACCCUCAAGAAGGAGGUGAAGGUGAAGGAGGAGCCGGAGCUGGGUGUCCUGGAGGGGGCGCUGCGGGCGGGCGGGCCCUUCCCUGGGGCUCUGCAUGUCUCCCACCCGCUGGGGGCGCUGGCUGUCUUUGAGCGGCCUCAGGGCUCCCCGUACCUGGUGGCUGGGCCAGGCCCUGGCACCCCCUAUGCCGCUCUGGAGGCCUGGCGGGAGCCCUACGCCCUGUCCCGCUACUUGGAGCGCGAGCUGCCUGAGGACUACGAGCGUGCCCGGCUCUAUGGGCUAGCGCCACCUCCCCCCGGUCUGUUGGCCUACCCGCGCCAUGCCACACUGCUGGCCAAGGGCCCGCCCCCAGAGGGGUUGCUUGGUGCACCUCCCCCCCUCAUCCCUGCCGUGCCCGGCACCCGGCCCAGCUCCCCUCGCCGUGCCCCGGACCUCCGUGAGCUCACCACCGCCUACAAGGACCGGGACUCCAGAUAAUGAUGCCCGUGUGCCCCUCACCCUGGCAUCGGAGGCAGCCAGGAUUGCUCCUAACCUGGCAUCAGCGAGGGCAUUCCCUUCCCCAUGCUGGGCUGGCUAGGUUCUCCCCUCCCUGCAGCUAGGGGCAGUAUACUUCCCUGCCCACCCCAGCACCAGGAGCAGCGUCUCUCAAACCGGCUGGCUAGGAUCCGCC